GAGACGAGGGCCGCGGAGGAGGCGAGGAGCGUCGGGUACCGGGCCGGGGAGCCGCGGGCUCUCGGGGAAGAGACGGAUGAUGAACAAGCUUUACAUCGGGAACCUGAGCCCCGCCGUCACCGCCGACGACCUCCGGCAGCUCUUUGGGGACAGGAAGCUGCCCCUGGCGGGACAGGUCCUGCUCAAGUCUGGCUACGCCUUCGUGGACUACCCCGACCAGAACUGGGCCAUCCGCGCCAUCGAGACCCUCUCGGGUAAAGUGGAAUUGCAUGGGAAAAUCAUGGAAGUUGAUUACUCAGUCUCUAAAAAGCUAAGGAGCAGGAAAAUUCAGAUUCGAAACAUCCCUCCUCACCUGCAGUGGGAGGUAUUGGAUGGACUGCUGGCUCAGUAUGGGACAGUGGAGAAUGUGGAACAAGUCAACACAGACACAGAAACUGCGGUUGUCAAUGUCACCUAUGCAACAAGAGAAGAAGCAAAAAUAGCCAUCGAGAAGCUAAGUGGGCAUCAGUUUGAGAACUAUUCCUUCAAGAUUUCCUACAUCCCGGAUGAAGAGGUGAGCUCCCCUUCGCCCCCUCAGCGAGCUCAGCGUGGGGACCACUCUUCCCGGGAGCAAGGCCACGCCCCUGGGGGCUCUUCUCAGGCCAGACAGAUUGAUUUCCCACUUCGGAUCCUGGUCCCCACCCAGUUUGUUGGUGCCAUCAUCGGAAAGGAGGGCUUGACCAUAAAGAACAUCACUAAGCAGACCCAGUCCCGGGUAGACAUCCAUAGAAAGGAGAACUCUGGGGCUGCUGAGAAGCCUGUCACCAUUCAUGCCACCCCAGAGGGGACAUCUGAAGCAUGCCGCAUGAUUCUUGAGAUCAUGCAGAAAGAAGCUGAUGAGACCAAACUAGCGGAAGAGAUUCCUUUGAAAAUCUUGGCCCACAAUGGCUUGGUUGGAAGACUGAUUGGCAAAGAAGGCAGAAAUUUGAAGAAAAUUGAACAUGAGACAGGGACCAAGAUAACCAUCUCAUCUUUGCAGGAUUUGAGCAUCUACAACCCUGAAAGAACCAUCACUGUGAAAGGCACAGUUGAAGCCUGUGCAAAUGCUGAAAUGGAGAUCAUGAAAAAGCUGCGAGAGGCCUUUGAAAAUGAUAUGCUGACUGUCAAUCAAACCAGUCUGAUUCCAGGGCUGAACCUCAGUGCACUUGGCAUCUUUUCAACAGGACUGUCAGUGCUGCCUCCGCCAGCUGGGCCCCGUGGAGUCCCCCCUACUGGCCCCUACCACCCUUUCGCUACGCACUCCGGCUACUUCUCCAGUCUGUAUCCUCAUCACCAGUUCAGCCCGUUCCCGCACCAUCACUCUUACCCGGAGCAGGAGGUUGUGAACCUCUUUAUCCCAACCCAGGCUGUGGGGGCCAUUAUCGGGAAAAAAGGGGCACACAUCAAACAGCUGGCACGAUUCGCCGGAGCCUCUAUCAAGAUUGCCCCAGCAGAAGCUCCAGAUGUCAGUGAAAGGAUGGUCAUCAUCACUGGACCACCUGAAGCCCAGUUCAAGGCCCAGGGAAGGAUCUUUGGGAAGCUGAAAGAAGAAAACUUCUUUAACCCCAAAGAAGAGGUGAAGCUGGAAGCCCACAUCCGAGUGCCAUCUUCUACAGCUGGCCGGGUGAUUGGCAAAGGUGGCAAAACCGUGAAUGAACUGCAGAACUUAACCAGUGCCGAGGUCAUCGUGCCUCGAGACCAGACGCCAGAUGAAAACGAGGAGGUGGUUGUCAGGAUUAUCGGACAUUUCUUUGCUAGCCAGACUGCACAGCGCAAGAUCAGGGAAAUCGUACAACAGGUGAAGCAGCAGGAGCAGAAAUACCCUCAGGGAGUAGCCUCCCAGCGCAGCAAGUGAGGCUCCCUUGCGCCAGCAAACAACGGAUGAAUGUAGCCCUCCCAACACCUGACACACAGACCAAACACAGCCAGCCAUUGGGAGCAAACCAAAGACCAUCCUGAGCAUCGAGAAGCCUGCGAGGCGGCCCCACCCACCCAGCCCUUGGGUUCCCCGGACUGAGGAGGGCAGGGGAAGGCCAAGUUCCCCAGUGCCACCAGCCAGGCCCACCGCCUCCCCGGGCUUCCCAGCCCCCCACCACCAUCCACGGAGAUUUCUCCCUAACUCCCACGACGCUAUCCCUUCCAGUUGAACUAACAUAGGUGAACGUGUUCAAAGCAAAGCAAAAUCCCUCCACUUUUCUUGGUUGUGGGAAAUCACCUCUGUACAUGGGUGUACAUAUUAGAAGGGAAAAGGGGUUCAGAUAUGUAGCCCGUGGGGUCCACAGGGUGCCUGCAUUAAUAUAUUUUAGAAAUAAUAUAUCAGAUAACUAACUCCCAUUUUUACUCAAUUUAUUAAUUUUGUUUUUCUUUUUGAAGAGAAAGCAGGCUGUUGUAGACUUUAUGAGAGUGAAGUCUUUCUUUGGGAGGUCUAAUGGUGUAGGAAGGAACAUUCAAGGCCACCCACACAAAAUUCACCCAGGGGGAAAUGUUGUCGAAGGACACAUGAGGGCAGUUCUGGAUCACCUGUGUCUGUCAACAGAAGGGAUACCGUCUCUGGAAGUGGGGACCCUGCCCCUUUCCAGCCCUGUCUAGCUCACCCCCAUUUCUCUUUGCUUCACAGGUUUUAAACUGGUUUUUUGCAUACUGCUAUAUAAUUCUGUCUCUGUUUAUCUCCCUCCCUCCCACUCUCCUGCCCUUCUCCCACCCCCACCCCAUUUCUUUGACCCCCUUCUCCCUCCCUUUCAAUUCCCUGUAUCUGUGCUCUCCCCUCCUUCCCCAGGCAAAGCAGUGCUCUGAGUUAUCACAUCACACAAAAGGAACAAACGUGCAACACACAAACCAGCCUCAUCUUACAUUUGGUUACUCAAAAGAACAAGAGUCAAUGGUACUUGUCCUAGCAUUUUGGAAGAGGAAAACAGGAACCCACGAAACCAACUAGCCAACCCAACAAAAAUUCCAUAAACAAAGAAUGUAUUUUUGUCUUUUGUUACAUUUUGGUGUAUAAGCCAUUAACGUUCAAGCGAAAUAAUUUCUUUAUUUAGGAAAAAUAAAGAGGACGAAAAUUGCAAUGUAUACAAGGUUGUUGGCCCAGGGCGUUAAAUUUACAGAUUUUUUAACGAGAAAAACACACAAAAAAAGCUACCUCAGGUGUUUUUUUACCUCAGCACCUUGCUCUUGUGUUUCCCUUAGAGAUUUUGUAAAACUGAUAGUUGGAGCAUUUUUUUAUUUUUUUAAUAAAAAUGAGUUGGAAAAAAAAUGUCAACUGCCAGCCUAGAAAAGGCAGCAGUCCAAGUGUGCAACAACUGUUCUGAAUUGCCUUCCACUAGCCAGGAACCUAUAUGGCCUUCUUUUGGACAAACCUUGAAAAUGUUUAUUUUUAAAAAUGACAAAAACAAAAUAUUGGAGAUGUCCUGACUUUCAAUAGGGUACGUGCCAUUAGGGCUUUUUGCGCUAAAGGAUGAACAUGUUCUGGUUUAUGUGAACAAGCCAUUAUUAUACCACCAGACUGCAAUGCCAGUUUCCUCUACUGCAAACAGUGUUCUGUGACAAAAAAAGAAAAAAAAAAAAAGGAAAAAGGAAAAAAAAAAAGCAACAAAUAUAUCCAGCUAACAAGA